AUGGCUCUCCGAGAAGCCCUGCAUUGGGACUUGGUUGGAAAGCUAGAAGUGAAGAAGUGGGAAGGUGCCGGCGAUGUCGGCCAGUCCCCAAAUAGGCAUAGCGUGUAUUCCGAAGUAUGCGACAAACAAUAUAAAUUCAGCGCUUACAAACGACUGAUGUACGGCCUGUCUAUAUAG